AUGGGUCCUUCUGGAUCUGGGAAAACAACAUUGCUCAAUGUUUUAGCUGGGCAGCUUAGUUCAUCACCACGGAGCACAAAGUUUUUCUUGCAAUGGCAGGAUUGCGUUUGUGAGACAGGAGGAUCUGCUCUUCUCGCUCACAGUCAACUCUUUCUUUCGCAGCUCCCAGAGAUAUCUUCUGCUGAGGAGAAGGAUGAGGAUGUGAACAACCUCUUGUUCAAACUUGGUCUGGUCAGUUGUGCAGAUUCAUGUGUUGGUGAUGCAAAAGUUCGUGCGAUCAGCGGUGGAGAAAAAAAGAGGCUUUCACUUGGAAUUUUAGUUUUCUUUACAGGCUGCUACUGUUUUCAAGCUGGAAACAAACGUUCUCUUAGAAGAUCUGUUUUCAAGCAGAACAAUAGCAUAAGCUUCAACAGUAAGCCAUAG